AUGCAUGACCUCGAAACCUCUCCCUUACUGUCACCCCGGACAUCUCACGAAUCUUCUCCAUCUGUCGAGAGGGAAGACCUGCAAUCGGCAAACAAUGAGCGAAAACUCGACAAUGAUGUUCUCCCGGAAACAUCCACCUCUGGAAGAAACAUUGGCUGGGGGAGCGCCUACGUCCUGGUCAUUUCCAGAGUCAUUGGAAGUGGCAUCUUCGCUAUGCCUGGCACAAUCGUGCAGAAUAUCGGAAGCCCUGGGCUGGCUCUAGUGCUUUGGGUUGUUGGAGCUUUUGUUGCAUGGGCUGGGCUUGCAAUCGAUAUGGAGUAUGGAUGUAUGCUUCCUCGGUCUGGAGGCGUCAAAGUCUACCUCGAAUAUACCUACCGCAAGCCCCGGUUCCUUGCUUCCACGUUGGUGGCAGUUCAGGCGGUGUUGCUGGGGUUCACCGCCAGCAAUUGUAUUGUUUUCGCAAAAUAUACCCUUUUCGUCGUGGACGUUAAUCCAGGAGACCUGAAUACCAAGCUGCUGGCGAUCGGACUUCUUACAUGGAUUACCAUUGUGCAUGGCUGCUUCUACCGGACUGGCAUUUGGAUUCAGAACCUCCUGGGCUGGGUCAAGAUUGGACUGAUUGUGUUUAUGAUUCUGACUGGUUUAUUUGUGGUCAUAUUAAGACCUCAGGCAUCAUCCAAUCUCGCCGGAGGCCUUUCUGCCACCGCGUGGGACGGUCUCUGGAUGGGUUCCGACUGGUCUUGGAAUAACCUGUCGACAGCGUUCUUCAAGAUUCUCUACUCCUACGCAGGAUUGAGCAAUGUCAACAAUGUCCUCAAUGAGGUCAAGAAUCCCGUCCGAACGCUCCGAUCAGUUGGCCCAGUUGCUCUCCUAACGGCUUGUUUCAUGUACGUUCUGGUGAACGUGGCAUAUCUGGCUGUGGUCCCACUGGAGGAAGUCAAGCGUAGUCGAGAACUUAUUGCCGCUCUCUUCUUUGAGAAGGUUUUUGGUUCGGGGUUUGGGAAUAAAUUUCUCCCCAUUGCGAUUGCACUGAGCGCGGCAGGGAACGUCAUGGUCGUCACCUUCAGUGUGGCUCGAGUCAACCAAGAAGUCGCCAGACAAGGGUUUCUUCCGUUUGCCGAACUUCUGGCCUCUUCCAAACCCUUCAAUUCACCACUGGGUGGGCUCAUCGUUCACUUUGUGCCUUCCGUGCUGGUCAUUGCGCUGCCACCCUCCGCGACUGUCUACUCUUUUAUUGCAGACGUGGAAGGGUAUGCCGGACAGUAUUUCGCCCUCGCCGUGGGUGCAGGCCUGAUCAUCCUCCGACUUCGAAACCCGGACCUGCGUCGACCCUUCCGAGCAUGGUUACCGGCUGUUUGGCUGAGGAUUGCAUUGUGUCUCUCGUUGAUUGCGGCGCCCCUAUUUCCACCUAAAAAGGGGUCAUCCGAUGUCAAUUUUUUCUAUGCGACCUACGCGCUUGUGGGAAUUGCUAUUGUCAUAUUUGGUGUGGUAUAUUGGUAUCUGUGGACUAUUGCUUUGCCGCGUUAUAGAGGCUACAGACUCGAGGAGGAAGCCGAUAUCCUCGGCGACGGGACCACAAUCACCAAGUUGGUCCGCAAGGAAAUAUAA